AUGGGUCCGCUACCACCCUACAACAAGAACUCUUCGUACUGCGACGGCGGCCCAGGCCCUCACGGGUGCCCGCCUGAUGAGUUUCCAGCUCCACCGCCGCCUUACCCUCCUCCUCCUUCCCCGGCCUCCCACGGCCGCAGCACCUUCGUCACCGCUCUCAUCAUCGCCAUCCCGGUGCUUGCCUUCCUCGCCCUCUGCCUCUCCAUAUUCAUCUUCGUCCGGCGCAGGCGUCUGCGGCGAGAGGCGCUCCUCGAAGCCGCCCUGACCCCGGCGGCGCCCGCAACCUUCCCCGACGACGGCCCCGGGGAAGAAGUCGUGCACCACGUGUGGCACAUCCGGACCGUUGGGCUCGACGAGGCGGCAAUUGAGUCCAUCGCGCUCACGCGGUACCGCGCCGGCGGCGGCGGCGUGCUCGGCGCCUCCGACUGCACCGUCUGCCUCGGCGAGUUCCAGGACGGCGAGCUCCUCCGGCUGCUCCCCAAGUGCGCCCACGCGUUCCACGUUCAGUGCAUCGACACCUGGCUCCGCGCCCACGUCAGCUGCCCGCUCUGCCGCGCCGACGUAGUGAUGGACCCAGCCGCCGCGGCCGCCGACGCCUCGGCCGAACAACCCCCGGGCGCCGAUGGUGCCGACGCCUCGGCCGAACAACCCGCGAGCAAUACCCGAACCAUGGAACAGGAGCGGCGCGGUCAGCAGGCCAACGAGCAGCAAGAGCUACGUGUCCAAAUCGAUCAGCCCGACCACUCCAGCUCGCUGGACCGACCACAUCGGCAGAUUCGGCACCCCAGAGCACGGGCACAGAACUUUCGGCGGGUGGCUUCCAUGGACUCGCCGUGGCCGCCGACGGCGUCAGCCGAGGAGGCUCCUGCAGACGAGCAGGCCGGUGCCGAGAAGCAGGCGACUGGCGGUGCUGUUUGCUGCGAUGUGUCACCAGAACCUGGUCAUCAGCUGAAGAGGUCAUUGUCCGCCAGCAGCCGGUGGACGCUCCUCUCGCGGCAUUGCCGCGCGCGCAGCUCGCUUCUGCCGCUGUGA